AUGCAAUACGUCUCAUUCGGUCUCUACAGCGGCGCCCCUACUCUGCGCUUUAGAGUGGACAGAAUUAUGGAGUGGAUAACUCAGCCCGAUGUUAACUUUUGCAUGCUUUACUUCAAUCAGCCGGAUUCGGCCGGUCACAGUUAUGGGCCAGAUUCAACUCAAGUUCUCGAUGCAAUCGAACAGACAAAUGACGGUAUCGCCUACCUAAUGCAGAGAAUCGAACAAGAACAUUUUCCGGGAGAGAAACCGAAUAUUAUUGUAACAAGUGAUCACGGAAUGACUGCUGUUAGUCACACAAAGGUCGUCAACGUUAGUGCAGUACUUUCCAAAUCGGAGUACAAAUUUGGAGUCGACGGAUCGCCUGCCAACCUGGGAAUAUGGGCAAAUGAUAAUGGACAACGUAAGUUGGCGUUUCUGGCCAUGACAUUUGGAUACUAGCAUAAGAGAAGUUCAGUAUUAAGAGUACCGUUUUUAAAAACUCGCAUUGUUUCGCAAUCUUUUCUUUUUUGCGUACUCUGUAUAAAAUCCGAAAUAACGCGUUUCAGCAAGCGUUGAGGAAAUCUACCAAAGACUUAAAAAGAACCUUACGCAUGCCACGGUCUACAAAAAGGCAGACAUUCCAGCGUCUUAUCACUACAGAAAUAAUCCGCGCGUGCCCGAUAUCGUUGUCGUCGCUGACCUGGGCUGGAUGAUUCAGUCGGACCCCACAGACCCAUAUGAAGAGACUUUGCGUAAGUUAUUCCCUAUAAAUUUAUACCCAACCCUUUUGUGAGUUUUGCAAACGUAUACUUAAGAUGUCUUUUAUUUUCAGGUGGAAUGCACGGAUACAACAACUCAGAGUCCGACAUGCAUCCAUUCCUUGUUGCCGCAGGUCCAGGGAUAAAAUCAAUUGGCAUGGUUGAUAACUUCCACCAAAUCGACGUUUACCCGUUCGUCUGCCUCUUAUUGAAACUUUACAAGCCCAAUCGAAUAGAUGGGGAUGUGCAUCGGGUUUUGCCGUUUUUAACCGAAUUGCCUUCGUUGGCUACUCUUGAUGACUUUGAGCGGUACGCCAAAGGGUUAACUCCCACUUCGGCCGGCGUGACAACUGGCGGUACGCAGAUCUGCUGUCAUUUUAAUCAAUUUUUGAAAUCUAUAGCCAUAUUAGUAUAUCUAGUUUAUGUGGCCAGAAAUAUUUGAUACUGAAGAAAAUACGUAGAACUAAACCGAUAAGAAUUUAGCAACUGAAUACAGAAAAGCGAGAAUAAGUUCGAUAUAACAUUCGUACUUGUGGAUUCAUGACGACUGUUUCUCCUCUUUAGGAAAUGGAAUAACAUAUCUUUUCUUGGCUGCUCUCGCUCUUCUGCACCACAUGCUAUCGAAAAUGUGA